AGGAGAAGCCAAGACCCAAACUCACUGCUCCUAAGAUCCCAGAAGGGGAGAAGGUGGACUUCGAUGACAUCCAGAAGAAGCGUCAGAACAAAGACCUCAUGGAGCUCCAGGCCCUCAUCGACAGCCAUUUUGAAGCCCGGAAGAAGGAGGAAGAGGAGCUGAUCGCUCUCAAAGAGAGAAUCGAGAAGCGCCGUGCGGAGAGAGCAGAGCAGCAGAGGAUUCGUGCAGAGAAGGAGAGGGAGCGCCAGAACAGACUGGCAGAGGAAAAGGCCAGAAGGGAGGAGGAGGACGCCAAGAGGAGGGCAGAGGAUGACCUGAAGAAGAAGAAGGCCCUGUCUUCCAUGGGAGCGAACUACAGCAGCUACCUGGCCAAGGCUGACCAGAAGAGAGGCAAGAAGCAGACGGCACGCGAAAUGAAGAAGAAGAUUCUCGCAGAGAGACGCAAGCCACUCAACAUCGACCACCUCGGUGAAGACAAGCUGAGGGACAAGGCCAAGGAGCUCUGGGAGACCCUGUACCAGCUGGAGACCGACAAGUUUGAGUUUGGGGAGAAGCUGAAACGCCAGAAAUAUGAUAUCAUGAAUGUCCGGGCCAGAGUGCAGAUGCUGGCCAAGUUCAGCAAGAAGGCUGGGUCCCCAGCCAAGGGCAAAGUCGGCGGGCGCUGGAAAUAGAGAGGCCAGAAAGGCCCCUCGAGGCAGAGACCCUCCGCCCUCGCGCACAUGGGAGUCGCUCGUGGGACUCGGCAUCCUCCAACCCCCACCAUCGCAGCAGGGGUUCCCUGACCAUCCUGGGGCUGGAGAGGCCACCCCAGAGCCCCACCUGAAUCUCUGUCCUUGCUGCCUCCAUCCCCCGGGGCCUGUGAAUAAAGCUGCAGACCCCCCUCCA